UUCCGUUUCAUUCCGUGCUGAAGACGAGCAUAACACAGGCAGUUCUUAGCUACAAGAGGGUCGUUUGCUCAUAUUCAUUGUUGUUAGUACUUCUGUGUAAAUGACAUGUACUGUAAGUGCUGCAUCUUGGCUACAUUUCCACUCACGUUCUUUGGUUUAAGUGCGUAGAGACUACAUUUCCCACAAUGCAACGCACGGAGCUGUUUUGAUUUUGCGCGCUGAAAUUUAAAAAUAUUGAACAAGAAGCUCCGAACAUGGAUCCAGUCAACGCGGAACACACAAAAAUGUACUUUUAUAAGAACCGAUUAGAAACCUAUUCAGGCUGGCCGUUUGAAGAGGGCUGCAGAUGCACUCCUGAAAAUAUGGCGAAAGCAGGGUUCAUUCACACACCGUCAGAAAACAGCCCAGACGUUGCAAUGUGCUUUUGUUGCUACAAGGAACUGGAGGGGUGGGAACCGGAUGAUGACCCAGAAAAAGAGCAUAAAUCGCACUCUCCCUCGUGCGCUUUCAUCCUUUUGAAGAAGAGCGUGGACGAGCUAACCGUGGAGGAGUUUCUCAAGCUUCAGAAAGAAAGGCAGAAAUUUCUGAUAAAAAAGACCUGCAAUCAAGUUAUUGAAAAAUUUGAGGAAGCGGCUAAAUCCAGAAGAGCAGAGAUUACAAAAACGGCCCUGGACGGAUGAACGGGUCGGCCUGGGGGGCGAGACAGAAUUGAUGAACGGCAUUGAUGUUCUCUUGCGAUUUAUUGCGAUUAAAGGUUUACUUGUAACACCUUCA